GAGCAGAGGGGGCUGAAAGCCUAGAAGAGCGACGAAGAAGCACUCCGUGAAGCAAUUGAUUUGUGGAUGCAUGAAAGUCAAAGAAGUUUUCAGAUAAUUGCGAUACGAAAAUCUAAUUAGGGUUCAGAAUCACUGGCGGUGUUAGUGAUUUCUUGUCGGAAUUGAAUCUUUUAUCGCCUACUGAGGAAGCAAACCUGGGGAGUGAAAGCUCUGGGUUUGGUCGCUGUUUGUGUUGCGUGGAUUGGCUGUUGCGGUUCUGCCGCCCCAUCAUGGUGGAUAACAUGGAAAUCGACUCACCUUCGGAGUCCCAGCCUCUCAAGCCUCGAGAUCGAAUCAUUCGGAGGCUUCUUCAAUUUGGAGUUCCCGAGGAUCAACUGGAUCAGCCUCUCCUCGUUGAUUUUAUGAAGGAUAAAAAGUCAUUGAUACCUGAACUAGUAUCUGUUAUAUUACCUCCGGACGAGGAAGUGGCUGAAGCGCUGCAAGAUUCUAAGUUUGGCUCUAAAAAGUCCUCAUUGGGUGUAACCAUGAAGAAAAGGUUCCAUGAAAGCAUGGACUGGUUACAGUGGUUGAUGUUUGAGGGUGACCCCGCUGCAGCUCUGAGGAACCUUUCCAAGCUGUCCGUUGGGCAACGUGGUGUUUGCGGGGCUGUUUGGGGACAUAAUGACAUAGCAUACAGGUGCAGAACAUGUGAACACGAUCCAACAUGCGCAAUCUGUGUACCUUGUUUUGAGAAUGGGAAUCACGAAGGCCAUGAUUACUUUGUGAUAUACACAGGCGGCGGUUGUUGUGAUUGUGGAGAUGUGACAGCAUGGAAGCGUGAGGGAUUCUGCUCAAAGCAUAAGGGUGCGGAGCAGAUACAACCACUUCCAGAGGAGUUUGCGAACUCUGUGGAACCUGUGCUUAAUUCUCUUUUCAGCUGUUGGAAAGACAAGCUAACAUUUGCAGAAACUGUCUGUCAGGAAAACUCUAGAUCAAGCAACGCUGUUGUUGAAAGAAAGAAGGCAGCUAAUGAGCUAACAUUUGCAAUGGUUGAUACGCUUUUAGAAUUUUGCAAGCAUAGUGAGAGUUUGCUUGGUUUUGUUGCUAGGAUGUUAUUCUCUUCAGCAGGCUUACUUGCCAUUCUGUUGAGAGCUGAGAGGUUUUUAACUGAUGUUGUUGUAAGAAAACUUCACGAGUUACUCCUGAAAUUGCUGGGGGAACCUGUUUUCAAGUAUGAGUUUGCUAAAGUUUUCCUCACUUACUAUCCGACUGUUAUAAGUGAGGCUAUAAAAGAGUGCAGCGACUUCCCUCUGAAGAGGUAUCCAUUACUAUCUACGUUCUCUGUGCAGAUACUUACAGUGCCCACACUUACGCCUCGUCUAGUGAAGGAAAUGAACCUACUUACAAUGCUUCUGGGAUGUUUGGAAGACAUUUUCUUGUCUUGUGCUGGAGAAGAUGGCCGAUUACAGGUUGCAAGGUGGGGAAAUUUGUAUGAGACAACUAUACGGGUUGUUGAAGAUAUUCGAUUUGUUAUGAGCCAUGUGGUGGUUCCCAAAUAUGUCACCUAUGAUCAACAAGAUAUCUCGAGAACUUGGAUGAGACUCCUGUCCUUUGUACAAGGGAUGAACCCUCAAAAAAGAGAAACUGGUCAACAUAUAGAAGAAGAAAAUGAGAAUGUCCAUUUACCUUUUGUUUUAGGCCACUCUAUUGCUAAUAUUCAUUCUCUUUUGGUGGAUGGGGCUUUUUCAGAUGCUAGUAAGGGAGAGUUGGACAAUGAAAUUAUUUGGAGCUCAAAUAAACAGGAAUCUGAUGAUGGAGAUAAUUUACGACACUCAAAAGUGGGGCGGCUUUCCCAGGAUAGCUCUGCAUGUGGUAUGACUGGUCGGAAUAAUGCCUUUGCUUGUUCUUCUAAGGCUUCUGAGAUAAAAUCUAAUGCCUCUUCUCAUCUGCAACUUCCCCGUUCUGUCACAUGGUUGAUAUGUGAGUGUUUAGGGGCCACUGAGAAUUGGUUGGAAAUUGAAAAUAAGACUUGGUUACAUAUGUCGUCUCCAAACAGUGGUAGCAUCUAUGACAGCAAUCUUUCAGCAUUAAAGAGAACAAUAUCCAAUAUUAGAAAGGGUAAGAUUUUUCGUAGGCUUGCAAGCUCAGGUGAAGAUCAUGGUAAGCAAUGCGCUGAUUACUUAGCGUCUGACCUGGAAAACAGUGAACAUGCAAUGAAGGAUAGUAAACUGAAAAUGAAUGGUGAGUCCGAGUCAGAUAAUAUUGAUAUUUCAUCUGGUUUCCAUGAUAGCGCAAUGGAAACAGAUGUUCCUGCAGAGUUGGGUGGCCUUCGUUUUUUGUCUUUGUCUGAUUGGCCACAAAUUUUCUACGAUGUUAGUUCACAAGAUAUUUCUGUGCACAUUCCGUUACAUCGGCUACUUUCCAUGCUGCUACAAAGGUCACUGAGAAGAUAUUUUGGUGAAUCUACAAUUCCAGAUGUGUCUGAUGCUUGUUCUACUCAUUCAUCUUCAACAAUCUACACUGACUUCUUUGGACAUGCUUUACGGAGCUGUCAUCCCUACGGGUUUUCUUCCUAUAUAAUGGAACAUCCCUUGCGCAUUAGGGUUUUCUGUGCUGAAGUUCAUGCUGGAAUGUGGAGGAAGAAUGGAGAUGCUGCUCUUUUAUCUUGUGAAUGGUAUCGGUCUGUUCGCUGGUCUGAACAAGGGCUGGAGCUUGAUCUAUUUCUUCUUCAGUGUUGUGCUGCACUAGCUCCGCCAGAUCUGUAUGUCAGCAGAAUUUUGGAGCGCUUUGGACUUUCAAACUACCUAUCCUUGAAUCUUGAAUGUUCAAGCGAGUAUGAACCAGUUUUGGUCCAGGAAAUGCUCACUCUUUUGAUUCAGAUAUUGAAAGAAAGGCGCUUUUGUGGGCUAAGCACUUCUGAAAGCUUGAGAAGAGAACUAAUUUAUAAGUUAGCCAUUGGAGAUGCCACUCACAGUCAGUUGGUGAAGUCUCUUCCUCGUGAUCUCUCCAAGUUUGAGCAGCUUCAAGAGAUUUUGGAUACAGUUGCUGUAUAUUCUAAUCCAUCUGGUUUUAAUCAGGGCAUGUAUUCCCUGCGAUGGCCAUUGUGGGAAGAAUUGGAUUUGUAUCAUCCUCGUUGGAAUUCGAAGGAUUUACAAGUUGCGGAAGAAAGAUAUUUACGCUUCCGUAGCAUCUCUGCACUAACCACACAGCUUCCCCGUUGGACAAAAAUUUAUCCUCCUCUGGAAGGGAUUUCGAAGAUAGCUACUUGUAAAGUGGUUCUACAGAUAAUCCGUGCAGUUCUAUAUUAUGCCGUUUUUACUUUCAAAUCAGCUGAAUCUCGUGCUCCUGAUGCUGUUCUUCUAACUGCACUGCAUUUACUGUCACUAUCCUUAGAUAUCUGUCUUCAGCAGAAAGAAUUUACUGACAAGACAUCUGAUGAUGAGACACAAAUUCCCAUAAUAGCUUUGUCUGGAGAAAUUAUUGAUGAAAGCUCUGUUUAUGGUGUUGGUGAACAGAGCUUGUUGUCACUUCUUGUUAGUUUGAUGGGUUUGCACAGGAAGGAAGGUGUAGACAACUUUGUAGAAGCAGGUGGUGGCAACCUGUCUGCUUUAAUUGAAGACUUGCUGAAGAAAUUUGCCGAGAUUGACAAAAGAUGCAUGACUAAACUGCAGCAACUUGCCCCUGAAGUUGUUAGUCAUGUAUCUCAAUGCCUUCCAAUUAGAGACUCAAGUGACACCGUUUCAGCUUCCGAUAGUGAGAAACGCAAGGCAAAAGCCCGGGAGAGGCAGGCUGCUAUGUUGGAGAAGAUGCGGGCUCAACAAUCAAAAUUUUUGGCAAGUGUUGAUUCCACUGUUGAUGAUACUUCCCAAGUUGAUCAUGAAGGUGACUUUGAUACUGGACCUGAUGCUGAAGAAUCCACCGAAGUUGUUUGUUCUCUUUGCCAUGAUUACAAUUCGAAGCUUCCCAUAUCUUUUCUGAUUCUUCUACAGAAAUCUAGGCUUGUCAGUUUUGUUGAUAGAGGCCCCCCUUCAUGGUCACAACUUCGUCGGGCAGAUAAAGAACAUAUGCCUGUUUCCACCUCUAAGGCGACAGAUACAUUGGCAAUGGACUGGACUCCAGGCACUUCAGGGUCAACUUCAUCUUCUCACUUAGCCCAGUUGGUUUUGAAUGCUGCCAAUGAAUUGGUCUCCAGUGGGCGGCAUGGUGAAGUCAAUGCCUUUUUGCAGCAUGUAAAGGAUCAUUUUCCAACUUUGGGAAAUAUCCAGCUUCCUGAUACAUCUUAUGAUGAAAAAGAGAAGAUUCCAUGUACUUUUGAGACAUUGGAACAGGAUAUGUACUUCUCCAUUUGUGGUGAAUUGAAUGAUGAUGAUAAAAUUUCUACUUCAGGGGGGGGCCUGAACAUUGGUAGAGAUGCUGGAGCUGUCUUGCUUGGAAAAUAUAUAGCUGAUAUUGCAGGAGACGUGUCAAAAAACUCUUCAGCAUCUGAAAAUGUUCAUAGUGAGAAUGCUUCUGCGGAAUCUACUUUGCAGCACAUGGCAAACAAUUCAUUUGGCCCAACAGAUUGUGAUGGGCUUCAUCUUUCUUCCUGUGGCCAUGCGGUACAUCAGCAAUGCCUUGACCGUUAUUUAUCUUCACUGAAGGAAAGGUCUGUGAGAAGAAUUGUUUUUGAAGGAGGACAUAUUGUUGACCCAGACCAGGGUGAAUUUCUCUGCCCUGUAUGCCGCAGGCUUGUAAACUGUGUCUUGCCUAGUAUACCUGGAAACUUAGAGAAGCCUUUGAAGCAGCCUACAGGUUUAAUUAAGGGCUCACUACCUGCUACAGAUCCUGUGGCUGCAUCAACUAAAGAGAUUUAUCCACUCCGCCUUCGGCAAGCCUUGAAGAUCUUGCAAUCUGCUGCUACUGCUGUUGGGAAGGACAAAUUCCAGAAAGCUGUUCCUUUGCGACAGAGUGAUAAGGCAGGCCAAAAUCUUGAGCAUUUCUCUUGGAUGUUGGCUAAAAUGUAUGUGCCAAACAAGCAAGAUAAAUCAUCAAAAUCUGCAAGACUAAAUCAUUCAAUGCUCAUGUGGGACACUCUUAAGUACUCCUUGAUGUCAAUGGAGAUUGCUGCACGAUGUGGAAGGACUUCCUUAACUCCAAACUAUGCUCUUAGUACCAUGUAUGAAGAACUUAGGUCUUCGAGUGGAUUUAUAUUAUCCUUGCUGUUGAAACUGGCUCAUAAGUCAAGGAGUAAGAGUUCUCUUCAUGUGCUUCAAAGAUUUAGAGGUCUUCAACUCUUUGCAGAAUCUAUUUGUUCUGGGGUGUCUCAGAGAGAUGAUAUGUUAUCUAUCCUAAAACAUAUUGAAGGGGACCUAUCUAGUUCCGACACUCUGUUUUGGAGGCAAGCUUCUGAUCCUGUACUUGCACAUGACCCCUUUUCAACCUUGAUGUGGAUUCUCUUUUGUCUUCCAUCCCCCUUUUUGUCAUGUGAAGAAUCUUUGCUAUCCAUUGUGCAUGCUUUCUACAUGGUAGCUGUAACGCAGGCUAUUAUUUUGUAUUGUGUCAGAACCCAGCAUAAAUUAAGUGAAUUAGGUGUUGCCGAUUGCCUGAUCACUGACAUAUACAAGGUUAUGGGUGAAUCUGGAUGUGCUCAGCAGUAUUUCGUGUCAAACUAUUUUAACCCACUUGCUGGUGUUAAAGAUGUAAUUAGGAGGUUCACUUUCCCCUAUUUGCGUAGAUGUGCACUGUUGUGGAAAGUACUAUAUUCUUCUAUUCCAGCACCAUUUUGUGAUGAGGACAAUGUAUUAGAUAGAUCGUGGAGUUAUGCAAAUGACACAAUGGUUGGAUCUAAUCUUGACAUGUUUGAGAUUGCUAAAAUACAAGAGCUUGAGAACAUGUUCAAGAUUCCUGCCCUUGAUGUGGUUCUGAAGGAUGAAUUUUCAAGAUCCUCGGUCUCUAUUUGGUGUCAUCAAUUUUGCAAGGAAUUUGAACUAGCUGGGGUUCAACGUAACAUGUAUUUGACCCCUGCCAUUCCCUUUGAAUUGAUGAGAUUGCCAAACGUUUAUCAGGAUCUUCUGCAGAGGUGCAUCAAACAGCGCUGCCCUGAAUGCAAAUCUCUUCUUGAUGAACCUGCGUUGUGCCUGCUGUGUGGUAGAUUGUGCUCCCCAAGUUGGAAAUCUUGCUGCAGGGAAAGUGGUUGCCAAACACAUGCUAUAUCCUGUGGAGCGGGUACUGGAGUCUUUCUGUUGAUUAGGAGGACAACAAUCCUACUACAAAGAUCUGCACGUCAAGCUCCCUGGCCCUCUCCUUACUUGGAUGCUUUUGGAGAGGAGGAUUUUGAAAUGCAUCGAGGCAAGCCUCUUUACCUGAAUGAGGAACGUUAUGCUGCUUUGGCCUACAUGGUUGCCUCUCAUGGCCUGGACCGAAGUUCAAAGGUUCUUGGCCAGACUACCACUGGAUCUUUCUUCUUGGUUUAAUUCUGACUCUAUUUGAGCUCUAAUUUUAAGGAAAGCAGGAAUUGUGGCUGGCAGAUCUCUUGGAAGGUGAAAGUGGCUCUAGAAAAUGCUAGUAUAUGAUGUUAUUCUCACCUCGAUAGGAGAAAGAAUACAAACAUCUUCCGUGCUGUCAUUUGAUAGAACUGUACAGAUCAUUCAGAUUGACACAGUUUCUGCUUGAAGGUUUGAAAGCCUGGCUCCUGUGGUAUACUCUAGCCUCUGGAUGCGACUGUACAGGUUUGGUUUAUGCUCACUUAGCAGGAAGCGUUUUUCCUGCUGUAUGAAGCAGCUGCACGGGUGUACAUAAGCAUAUCAUUAUAUAAUACUAGCGGGGAGCGACUGCUUUGAAGGGUAAUCUGUGGAAUUAUGUGCUUAUUCCGCCACAUCUGUGGUUUAGCUUGUUGAUUGAGACAACCGUAUCGUUGUGCUUCCGCUGCCUCUGUGGGUUGAGUUUUUGUUGACCAAUCCCCUCUUUCCGGGUUUGGGAAAAACACUGUGAAUGCCAUUUACAUGUGCUCCUUGUAUAUCAAGUCUGAUUUUCACUGCCAAUAUUGUGGCUCUUUUUUGUUUUUAUUUAUUUUUCAUGGAAUGAAGUCUUUCAGGCUAUUAGUAAAAUCUGGUCUCUCUUCAAUCUGAUGUCUUUUUGAAGUGUUCAUAUUUUCAGGGGAAAGAAUGUAUGGCGGGCCAGUUGUUGGAUGCCCUUUCAAUUUUAACAACAGGCUUGUAUGUAAUUUUUGUGCUUUCUAGUAAUCUUUUCGGAUUGGUUAGAAUAAAAUGCGUGACGAGAAUGAUUUUUUUUUGUUUCAGAUGAAUAAAUUAUUUAUGG